AUAAACACGUAUCAGAUUUUGCGGACACCCUAAACCCUCCACGUACGUUGGUUAUAUUCUCUCUUUCUCCGUUUGAGUUCACUCCGGUGCGAUCGAUCAUGGAUUCCUCCUCUAUGGAUAUGGCUAUGCCUAUGUCUAUGUCUAUAUCUAAUUCUAUGUCUCUAUCAACAACAAAUUUGCACGGAGAGCAAGUUUACGGUGAUUUAGGAAUCUUGGCAUUCAAGAUUAGUCAGAUGAAGGAACAGAUUCAAGCAGAAAGGGUUCUUUUGAUUAAAGAAAAAGUUGAGAAGAAUAGAGAGAGGCUAGCAAGUGAUGUUGCUCAGCUUCUGUCAUUAGCUGUGCUUAGAACUGAUGGUUCGGCUAAGGAAAUCAGUGGCGAAGGUAAAAUGCUUUCUUCUAGGAUUAAAAAUCCCCUGAGCAUCCUUACUGGACCAAGUCAAGCAUCAGGUGAUGAUAACAGCAGCACUCAAGAAGUAGCUAUUUCCAUAAGUGCCAAGCUUCCAGUUGUGGAUAAAAUACCACCUUAUACUACUUGGAUUUUUUUGGACAGGAUGCAUGAUUAUAGAAACCAAAGAAUGGCUGAUGACCAAUCAGUUGUUGGGAGGCGGCGUAUUUACUAUGAUCAAAAUGGAAGUGAAGCUUUGAUUUGUAGUGACAGUGAGGAGGAGAUUACUGAACCAGAGGAAGAGAAACAUGAAUUUUCUGAGGCAGAAAAUCGUAUUAUACGGAUGGUUUGUCAGGAUUACGAGCCAAGUGAGGAAGUACUUGAAAUCUUGGCACAAUCUAUCGGUGGAAAUAUUUCAGAAAUCCAUGAGGCCUAUCACAUGCUGAAGACAGAAGAUGAAACGUUAAACCAAGAUGUCUCUGUUUCUGCAGAUCUUGGGCAAGAUAGGAGCAUAUCUCUCGACAAAAGCCUUAGUGCUUCGUUAGAUUCUCUUGAUAAUCUCUUCUGUCGACGGUGUUUGGUAUUUGAUUGUCGUCUUCAUGGCUACUCUCAAACUGUUAUUACUCCUACUGAAAGACAAUACCAUCCUCUUGAGUCUCAAGAAAAUGUGAAACCUUGCAGUGAUCAUUGUUACCUUCAGUUUCAAACUGUGAAGAAGUAUUCAGAUCGUCCAGAUGUCUUAAAUGAGAAACACACGAGAACUUCAGAUGAGUGCCCACACGAGAUCCACAACAGUGCUGAACCAGGAAAGCGCAAGGUAUCCAAACAAACAACCACAAUGCUAGAAGAACCAAAACAUGUUACUGAUGAUCAACAAGAAUCCUCCCUUAAAAAACAGAAAAGGUUGUCAAUACCUGAUACAGUUUCCAUGACAAUUGAAGAUGCUCAAGUUUCCAAUGAUAAAGUCAUGGUGGUGGAUGUUACCACACCCAAUCAAGACGAACUCCAAAUGAUACCCACCGAUGAAGCAAUUAGUUUUGGCGUUCCAAAUAGUACUUCUCGCUGUGUUUCAGCAGAUGUGAUCGAGGACAGUAGUACAGGAGUACAUUUGUUAAAGCAAGCAUCAAAUCAAAAACAAAUUGGUGGUUCUCCAAUAAACUCUGAAUGGAAACCUCUUGAAAAAGAGCUUUACAUGAAGGGGUUAGAGAUAUUUGGGAGAAACAGCUGCCUUAUAGCCAGGAACUUGCUUUCUAGCUUAAAAACUUGCAUAGAAGUAGCCAACUAUAUGUAUGAUAGUGGAGCAGCAACGUCACAGAGAUCUUUUACUGCAUGUUCUAUGUCAGACUGCAAUGAGAGAGCUGAUGCAGAUCUGAAGGAGCUAGAAGUGCCAUCAAGGUCGCGAUUACUUCGCAGAAAGGGUAGAGCAAAGAAACUAAAAUAUUCUUGGAAGUCUGCUGUGCAUCCGUCACUUUGGAGACGAAUUGCUGAUGGGAAGAACCAGUCUUGCAAGCAAUAUAUUCCAUGUGGAUGUAAAUCUAUGUGCGGGAAAGAAUGUCCCUGUUUAGAUAAUGCUACUUGCUGCGAAAAAUAUUGUGGGUGCUCAAAGAGCUGCAAGAAUAGGUUUAGGGGAUGCCACUGUGCAAAAAGUCAAUGCAGAAGCCGGCAAUGCCCAUGUUUUGCCGCUGGACGUGAAUGCGACCCAGAUGUUUGCCGGAAUUGCUGGGUGAGUUGUGGUGAUGGUUCAUUAGGAGAGCCCCCAAGAAGAGGAGAAGGCCACUGCGGUAACAUGAGGCUCCUUCUAAGGCAGCAGCAAAGGAUUCUCUUGGCUAAAUCUAAUGUUGCUGGUUGGGGAGCAUUUCUGAAGAACUCUGUCAAUAAAAAUGACUAUCUUGGAGAGUACACCGGUGAAUUGAUAUCGCACCGAGAAGCAGAUAAGCGAGGCAAAAUAUACGAUCGUGCCAACUCAUCUUUCCUUUUUGAUUUGAAUGAUCAGUAUGUGCUUGAUGCUUACCGUAAAGGAGAUAAAUUGAAGUUUGCCAACCAUUCAUCAAAUCCCAACUGUUAUGCCAAGGUAAUGAUGGUGGCAGGCGAUCACCGGGUUGGGAUCUUUGCCAAGGAGCAUAUUGAGGCUGGUGAAGAGCUGUUUUACGAUUAUCGUUAUGGGCCUGAUGAAGCACCUAUAUGGGCUCGGAAACCUGAUGGUUCUAAAGGAGACGAUCUUCUAGUCCCUCAAGGUAGAGCAAAAAAGCAGUAAACGAUGGAUAAAGCAUCCACUUCUGUGAUUCCAUCUUGGUUGGAGAUGGCUCAUGAAGUAAGAACCGGCUAUAUAUAUAUAUAUAUAUGUGUGUGUGUGUGUAUGUGUGUUAUUUCCCUAUAUAUGUAUAUAUGCAUGAUGGUAUUAAAGAGCGACUAUAAAAUAAGGUGAUAAAUAGAAGAUAAACAUAAAAUAAUAAUAAUAGUAAUAGUAAUAAUAAUGAUGAU